AUGUCCUGGGCAGUCCGACGCGAAUCUAUCCUGGCUAACGAGCUUAGUCUCCGAAGUCAGGACGACGGGUCCUUCGGCUGGUUGGACAGCUCGACAACCAACAUCUUUGAUGACGAGAAGGCCAGCACCAACCCAGUCCAGAGGACACUAAGCCCUGCGUCUACUAUCUCAUCGGGGACUUCGUCUACGAGCACCUCCCCUUGCCUUCUGAGGAACAAUACCGGCGACGACGAGGACGAUGAUUCGGAUGCAGGCUUUGAGAGCGAUCACUCAAACUAUGAGCCUUACUAUAUUGAUAACGACAAGUAUAGCGUUAUUGAUGGAAAGGCGUACAUGAUUCCAACCAUUCCACAACCUAUGUUCAGCCAGCCAGUCUACCUACAAGAUGCACUCAGCCCUAUGGCGGAGACAGCCAACCAUCUCCCACAAACCCCGCACCCGCACCCUGCGACUCCACUUCUACCCCCGUUUCAAGGGUUUGACUCUCGCAGUCUUUCCCCUAGCCUACCUCCUUCUACCCCUCUGCCUGCUCAUAACUAUUCGCUGGGGGAACGAUCUCGCAACACGCAUGCCACCAAAACUUGGUGUAAUCGUACUUCAUUCAUCUUGGCCGAAGACUCCGACGAAGGAGAGAGUGACGGCAACGCGUCGGAUGACGAGUACAUCCCUUCUCCCCAGUUGAAUUCCAAGAAGAGGUUGCGGAGAGAUUCUCCACAACUUGACGCAUGGACCUUCGCUGGAGCUGCCCAGAGCCGUUCGACCACCAUUCCUCGCACUCCUGCUCAGAUCGCCCCUCAUGCGAGACCCACGAAACGCGCCCGUACCUCCCCAACAUCACGCAACGUGCAAGUUCCCUCCCUCUCCGAACCUAUUGAUGCCCUCGCGUUAUCUUUCAAAUGCCCCGAAUGCGGAUGGGUUCAGCGCAAUAAACGGAUGCCGGAUUUCAAGCGUCAUCUGCAGUCGCACGUUCGCCCUAGUGACGGCGAUCAUUCCAAGGGAUGGUGGUGCAAGGGCAUCCUGUCUUCCAGUGUACCUGGGUUCUGUGGAGAGGGCUACCAAUUCGCCGGUGAAGAGAGGUUCGGUGGAUGCUUGAAGACGUUCAGCAGGAGAGACGCUUUGAAGAGACACCUGGACAACCCGAACGUAUCCUGUUUGGGCAGCGUUUCGCCGUGGAACUAG